AUGAGCGAGGAAAUGCAAGUGCCUCUCUCAGUGGAUCCGACUCUGCAAGAGGCUUCGACAAGUGAUGAACCACGCGAGAAAAUGUCUUUUCAAUACACAUGGCCGUUAAGGAUUUGCAAGAGAUUAGUCGAAAACGAGGAGGCUUUGAUCUUGAACGUUUCUCCUCCAUUCACCACCUCCUACAAUGGAGUGGCUUUCACGUGGACUGCCAGAUUAUCGGACGAGUGUGUGGUUUGGGGUGGCGGUGAGAUCGGACCGUCGAAGGAGCACGUCUUCGCCUCACUCUACUAUAAAGAUGGCAUUGCACAGGAUGUUUGGGUGGAUGAAGUGAAAAUGGCCAUCUGUGACACGAACGGACAAGUGCUGUUCAGCGAUCUGAAGAUUCCUGAGGCUGAGUGGACGAAAGGCAGUGGCUGGCCGGUGCAACUCGAGCGCGGCCGACAGGCGCAAUUCACCGAUUUUGUGCACAGUCGCGUCGACGAGCAAAUUUGGAUUCAAGUGGAAAUCAGAAUGAAAACCUCAAUCUUCAACCCAAUGAACUAUCUUCCAUCAGUCGACAAAGCUUGUCGGAGUCAGCGAAUUGAAGAGUGCUGUCAGAAGUACGUUCAGGACUUUAAAAAAGGCGUCGUCUUCGUCCCGAACAUGGAUCUUCUCAAUCCGGAGUCGAAAGAAGACAAAUUCGCGAUGCAUCGCUUGGUUUUCGUGCAUGGAUGUGGAAUCGUUGAGGAGCAGUGCGCUGGAGACAAUGAUAGCGCUGAAAUGUUGAGGCAUAUCAGGAGUCAAUUCGCUCACGUUUACUUCAAAGAUGUUCUAAUGAAAGAAGUGAAUUUUUAUGAGGAUUUUGUUGCUCUUUUGGAAGGAGUUAUCGCCGCUCACUUGCCCGCAUUGAAGAGAGAAGCUGAAAAAUUUAUGUGUCGUGAAGUGAUGACUGAAAACGCCGAUUCGAUGUUUAUCAAGAGAAUGCUUUUGUUGUCUGAAAGAUAUCGACUUGAUGUGUUGAAGAUGGUGGCCACCGGAGUAGUCGCCGAUCAAAUCAUCGCCCAUCAAGAUCCACCCCAGGAAUUCAUCCAAAUCAAGCACGAGCUCAAAUCGUUGGCCUCCGAGAUUAGCCAUUGCAGUUCGGUGGACGAUGAUGAGGAUGUGGACGAGUUGCUUGUCGGCUCAGUUGUCGAGGAUUUGCAAAGCUUGACCAGAAGAAUUCGACGAGUUUCUCUAUCACACAGCCCAUCGCAAAGUAGCGCUAGCUCAGCCUCAAGCGCCACCGCAACACCAACUGGUUUGUUCGGAGUUCCUUCAUUGUCUCCUGGAGUCGCCGAGCAACGUCCAUUCGAUUCUCCAUCGACUGGACGCUUUAAGAGAGUCGAAUUAGAUGUUGGA